AUGGAUCAUAUUGUGUAUUUGGAGGCUUAUAUCAGUGAAAAUGAUUACAAGAAGUGCGGCUUGUUGCAAUUACCAUUGGAGUCUUUAAUAACUUACUGUGUCUACAAAUUUUGCUGUCCUGAAAAUAUCGCAUUAACAUUUGUGUUCGUGCCGCGUGAUCCAGAAAAAGAAGAAAUUACUGUAAAAGUGGAGGAUGUAAAAUUUACCCAGGAUGUUAUAUGGCAAGUGUCGUCUUGUAUUUAUCCGGUUUUGAUUAAUGGAGACACAGUUAUAACGGGCCUGUGCGCGGUGGCUCGCCACAUGAGCCUACACCGGACUCUGCCGCCAAGUCCUCAUGAACACGAAGAUGGCAUCCUCGGCUUUCGUAGAGGCUGCCUUCAAGCUCCUAAUGAAGUUUCAAUAUGGACAAAAUUUUGCGAAGUGGGUUUGGUGAAAACAACAAGAGAAAUACUCAAACUAAACUCUCUUCAAGAAGUCCCUGUUAAUUUGGUAAGAUUCGAAAAUCAUUUACGUAAGCCAAUCAGAGUUCACAAUGUUUUUAAAUUAGCUAGAGAUAUUAAGAAGAAGGAGUUCUUAAAAUCUAAACCAAAUGACCAACAUGAAGAAAAAGAAGAAAGUGAAAAUGUUAAGAAAGAAAGAGUAGCUAAAGCUAGGAAAUGGAAAUCAUCAUUAAGCAAAGAGAUUACAAUUGAUAGCUCUGUAAAAAUACACGAAUUGGAUAUCAGUCAUCAGUUUGCUGAAGGCCCAUUCCUGACUCUAGCUGAUAUAGUCCUCAUGCCUUUGUACUACAUCAUUGUGAAUGCUUUUGGAGAAAAAUUCAAAUCUCUACUCCCACUGACAAGCAAAUGGUUUAAAAAUGUAGAGCAAGUUCCAGAACUGGAAAUUGUUUUCAAUGUUCUAAACAGCCUGGAGAAAAAGAAGUUAACUAUUGAAGAAGUAAUCAUACCAUCAGCAGAAGAUGUCAGUUUAUACAAGAGAGACCCCAAAAGACAUAACCCAAGAAAGAGAAUGUUUACCAAACCAGAGGAUAUAGAAAAUGCUCUGAGCUCCCUGGUAGCCACAAUGCAUAUAGAUGUUGAUGAUAAGGACUUCAAGAAUAGAAUAGAGUGGAAUACAGUACCUGACGGGGCAAACCCCAGUGCUGGCCACUUGCCUGAUGAAAGAAUGGCAAGGAAAGCACAACAGCUUGAAAACCUUGCAUUAGCAGUUCAAAGUAUAGCUAAAGACGGAGACUUGAUAGUAGAUUUCUGCAGCGGAAGUGGACAUCUAGGAAUCCUUAUUGCUCACUUGCUACCCGGUUGUACUGUUAUAUUAUUAGAAAACAAGGAACAGUCACUAUUAAGAGCUAGAAAGCGGGUACAUGACAUGGGAUUAAAAAAUGUUUACUUCUUUCAGUGCAAUCUAGAUUUUUUCAUUGGAAAGUUUGACAUAGGGGUUGGCUUGCACGCCUGUGGCAUUGCAAGUGAUUUGAUCUUGGACAAAUGUUUGAAAUGUGAUGCAAAGUUUGUUCUCUGCCCUUGUUGUUACGGGUCUUUGCAAGCUACAGAUAGAUUAGUUUAUCCUAGAAGUAAAGUGUUCAGUAGUGUAAGUAUUGAUCAGUACCUGACCAUCGGGCAUGCUGCAGACCAAACACACAAGGAGUGUCCUCUCACCAUCAGAGGAGACUGGUGCAUGGCUAUCAUUGACUCUGACCGUCUCCGGUUAGCUGAAGAAUAUGGCUACAAGGUCACACUGUCGAGACUCAAACCUCUAUCUUGUACUCCUAAAAAUAAUUUACUAAUAGGUGUGUCAGCAUAAAAUAAAAUUUUAAAUCAAUG